AAGCUGAUCCCACCAUUUGGGUUAAAAAAAAAAUAACCCAACAUUUUUUAGAGUGCAUUAAACUACCCAACACUUGAGUAAAAAUAUUAAAAACAACCCAAUAAAAUGACCCAGCAGGCUGAACUUAGCAUUUAGUUUAAAAAUAUUUGAGUUAAAAAAAUAACCCAGCAUUUUUCUGUAGAAAGUAAUCAAAUAUUGAUUUCAGUGCUUUUUCCAAUAUAAAUUAGUCACUGUAGUAUUCAUUCCGUAUUCUGCACCCCAGUAGUUUCAAAUAGCUUGUUACUGGUAGCCAAUUGCAAAUUUGUGGUUCAGAUGAUUAUUUCCAGUAUGUAUUCAAAUAGUUGAUGGCACUCAGUUUUACUAACUAGUAGCCAAUCAUCAUUUAUUGUCAGCUUUUUAAGUAGCCUACACAGUAAAUUAACAAGAAUGAAAAUUUGACUAAAUUAAAAUAUAUACAAAUAAUUUAAUCAAUCCAACCAGCUAUAGCAGUGCAUAUAUUUUAAUUUAUCAGUGAAUUCAGAAUCGCAUGUGUAACAGUUUCCUAAAAUACACAACUUAAGACCUCACUGAUCUCAAAUUUGAUGCCAAAGCACUGAAUAAACAUAGGUAAAUAUGUAAAAAGCUGCUGCUGCCCAUCCUGCUCGGUUGUCACCCAUAAUGUCCUUCCAUUGUCUUAAAAACCUUGAGUAGUGUUUUGGCUCCCUCUGCUGGGCAUUUGAAAGACAUCCUAGAACUUGUAUAGGAAUUCUAAAAAAAAAAAAAAAACACUGAUGAAAACAUAACAAUCCAACUCUCUUUUACAAUCCAACUCAUGUCAGCCAGCACUGACAGCUUCUAACAGAUCUGACUUUUGCCUUAAAGUCUCACAGACUGUGCAAACACAUUCUGUUUCGGUGACAGGUGGCCUGCUGUAGGAUCACCACUGGAAUGUAGCUGAUCCAUUUUUAGACUAGCCAUGUGGACACAAGUGCAGAGCGGAGCAGUUGGCAUCUCACAGCUGAUGAGGAGUGGUCUGGGUUGACUUCUUCAUUGAGAUAAGAACAAGGAUUGGAAAGCCGACAUAUAUAUUUCUUGAUCACUUUGCUCACUUUUGGGCCCUAAAUUAUUGUUGAGCACCCCCUACAGUCUCUUUAGCGCAGGUAGUCAACAUUAGAGAUUAUGGGUGUGCUUUUUUGCAGUCUGAAUUGAUUCCACACCUGUCUGUGUCAGUCAAGGAAAAAGCUGUGCUGAAAAGCUCUGGACAGGCACGACAAUAAUAACAGUGACAGGAAGUCAUACAACGGCAUGACAUGAUGAGAAGCUUUCUUCAUCUGUUGACGGUGUCCUUGUUUUUCUUCUUUCUCCAAGAAUGUUGGGGCCGGAAUGAAGAGGAACGCCUCAUCAGCUACCUUUUUAAGGAGCGCGGCUACAACAAAGAGCUUCGUCCAGUCAAAAAUAAAGAUGAUACUGUAGAUAUUUACCUUGCGCUGACACUUUCCAAUCUUAUUUCCUUGAAAGAAGUUGAUGAAACAUUACUAACAAAUGUGUGGAUGGAGCAUGGCUGGACUGAUUAUAGACUUCAGUGGAAUGAAAGCGAGUUUGAUAACAUUCCUGUCCUGCGCCUGCCACCGAGUAUGGUGUGGUUACCAGAAAUUGUUCUUGAAAACAACAAUGAUGCCCAGUUCCAGGUGGCCUAUUACUGCAACGUGUUGAUCUAUCCCAGUGGAUAUGUGUACUGGUUGCCUCCAGCUAUAUUUCGAAGCUCCUGCUCUAUAAAUGUCAACUACUUCCCUUUUGAUUGGCAGAACUGCUCACUGAAGUUUAGCUCAUUAACUUACAACGCCAAAGAGAUUACCUUACAUCUGAAAGAGGAGCAGGAUGAGGAUGAAAGGUCCUUCAAGGUGGAGUGGAUCAUUAUUGAUCCUGAGGGAUUCACAGAAAAUGGCGAGUGGGAAAUUGUUCACAAGCCUGCCAAAAGAAACGUUUAUAAAAACAUCCCAAUGGAAAGCAACAAGCACCAGGAUAUCACCUUUUACCUCAUCAUUAGACGUAAACCUCUGUUCUACGUUGUGAAUAUAAUCAUUCCCUGCGUUCUCAUCUCCUUCCUGGCUUCACUCGUCUACUACCUACCUGCAGACAGUGGUGAGAAGAUGACAUUGUCCAUCUCUGUGCUUCUGGCUCAGUCUGUGUUUCUGCUGCUGAUUUCACAGCGUCUGCCUGAGACGUCUAUGGCAGUUCCCUUAAUUGUGAAGUAUCUGAUGUUUAUCAUGGUAUUGGUCACUGUGGUGGUGUUGAAUUGCGUAAUUGUGCUGAACCUGCAUUUUCGGACCCCCAGCACCCAUGUCAUGACCGAAUGGACCAAAGAGCUCUUUUUGGAGAAGCUGCCUCGUCUUCUGCACAUGUCCCAUCCAGAAGAUGACAAACCCAGCUUGGAGGGGGCGCUGCCACGGCGUUCCAGCUCACUGGGGUACAUCGCCCAGGCCGAGGAGUACUAUAGCGUCAAAUCACGUAGCGAACUGAUGUUUGAGAAGCAGUCUGAGAGGCAUGGCAUGGCUGCUCGCCCCACUCCCAAAGCCACGUAUACAUCCAGUAAUGACUCAGAGGUGUCGGAACAGCUGUACAACGAGAUGAAGCCAGCUGUGGAGGGAGCCAAUUACAUCGUUAAGCACAUGCACGACAAAAAUGACUAUAAUGAGCAAAAGGACAACUGGAGUGGAAUUGCCAGGACAGUGGACCGACUCUGCUUCUAUGUGAUCACUCCAAUUAUGACGUUAGGAACCAUCUGCAUCUUUCUGAUGGGCAUCUACAACGACCCACCAGUGCUGCCCUUCCAAGGAGACACUUUCACUUAUACAGAGGAAAACAAGCGCUUUUCAUGACCUCUGUACACCACGCCAGAUGAAAGCGCUCUCAGAAAUAUCAUAAAGGAUAUUCUGACAGCAAUGCAAAGCAUGAAUAUAAAUUACUCUCCAUUUAGGCUGUUUACGCGGGCUUGAUUACUAAUAUUAUGUAUGUGGUUUAAUAAGUGUGCAAAAUGAACCUCUUCUGCUGUAAGAACGGGAAUAAAAUAAUAA